AUGAUAUUAAUUGUGGACUCCUUGAAGGAAACGGUGGACGGGUUCGACUCGACCCUCAGCAGAAUGCGGACCGAGCUGGACAGCGCAGGCUGGGCGGUGAGGAAGGGCGAGGCAGAGACCCGGCGGGUGGAGGAGGCCCUGCAGAAGCUGCAGAACGAGCUCCUGCGUGACCUCUCGGACGGGAUCCGGGAGGUGAAGGAGGCCCGGGAGCGCGACUCGUCAUCGCUGGAGCGCACGGUGGAGGAGCGACUGACGGAGCUGACCCGCUCUAUCGGCGACAGCGUGGCGGAGUUCACCGAGGCGCAGAGCGAGACGCAGAGCCAGCUCAGAGACAUGAAGGCCAGGGUGAACGGCAUGGAGGACCCCGCCUCGUUGAAGCGGGAGCUCCUGGCCGUCACUGAGACCGUCGGAGAGCUCCAAGCUGCCGGUCUGGCAUCUGAGAAGACGGCCGAGUCACUCCGGAAGCAGAUAGGUGCUGUAGGGGUAGAGCUCCAGACCAGGAACGAGGAAGUGGCAUCCACAGCACUGGAGAUUGACUCUGUGAGGGAGCUGUUGCAGAGCACAGCCGGCGUGCUGAGGGGAUCUCUGUCUGCAGCCGAGGCCUCCGUCAAGGUCCUUAAAGACCAGGCCCAGAGCCUGCAGUCUGGGCUGGACAUGGCAGCGGGCAGCAUCCAGGGUCUGGAGGAGGGCCUACAGGGGGCGGUGGCGCAGGCCCAGAAGACUGGGGUGGAGGUGGAGGCCAGGCUCAGGGCUCUGGAGCAAAGAGCGGAUACAUUAGUGGCUUCUGCCGCAGGGAAGGCGGAGAGGGUGGAGUCCCUCCUCUCCAAAUACGACUCCCACGACAGUGCGCUUGCCACACUGGGCAGGGACGUCCAGAGCCUCCAAUCGGCCAGCAAGGUGGAGGCCGCACAGCUGCAGGCGCUGACGGACACGCGGCAGGACCUGGCAGGCCAGGUAGAGGAGCUGCAGGGAGACCUGGGGGAGCUCCAGAGUAAGGUGACCGCCCUGGGCAGCAGGCAGACAGAGUUGUCCUCACGGGGCUCCAACCUGGGCCAGCAGCUGGAAGAGCUGGGGAAGAGACUAAAAGCCCUGGAGGGGGAGUCGCCAAAGGCCCAGAGCCUGGACAGUUUGAAGGCCUCGGUCAGCCAGGCCCAGAAAGACGUGCAGCAGCUCAGAAACACAAUGGACAGCUUGACGGCCUAUUCUAAGAAGGUAGAGGGCCACGAAGCAGCCAUUACCUCGUUGAAGAGCUCACUGGAGGAGGCCAAGGCCACGCUCCCCAAAGAGAAAGCACCACGCAAGGUCUGAUGAGUGCUUCUAGGGGGGUCUACA